GUUCCCAAAAUUUUCCCCUCUUCAACACCGAAAAGAAGAGCGGUCUCAUAAUCUCUCUCGCCAUCUCACUUUCCCUCUCUCUUCGCCGUCCCGCCUCGUGAUUCGCGUUCUGAUCUCCUCCUCCCUCCUUAUUCUUCGAACCCUAAUUAAACCCUCACUCCCUAACCCUAACUCACUUAGUCAGGAAUCCACAUUAUCCGGCCCCUUCUUCUUCUCCCCCUCCCUUACUUUCCCGGAGAACAGGUGUCGAGUUUAUCAAUUAAUUAAAGCUUUUUGAGAAAAAGACACCACUCUUUUUCUGUUGGAACUUUUGGUUGAGGACAAGGAAACACGGUUGCUUUGUACUUGAACUGUCAUUGACUCGUUUCUCAAGCUGCUGAGUAAUCUUAGCUGUUUGGACAGGUUCUGUUAAGAAUGAGUCUGCAACCAGCUGUGCAACCUAAACCUUCUGCUAAUGGAUUUGGCCGCCGAAGGGUUGAAAGAGAUCCAGGUACAAGGUCAGAGAACAAAUUGCAGUCUGGAAAGUCAAACCACGGGAGAGUGGCCAAUACUGGUGCUCUGGCUGGUGGCAAAAUUGGGGGUUUUGAGAAUCCUUCCCGCGACCGGCUAGUAUAUAUAACAACAUGCCUAAUUGGCCAUCAUGUAGAGGUCCAGGUGAAAAAUGGAUCAGUUUACUCUGGAAUAUUUCAUGCAACAAAUGCUGAAAAAGAUAUGGGAGUCAUAUUGAAAAUGGCUUGCUUGAGAAAGGAUGGUACUUUGCGAGGACAGAAGGCCCCAUUGGAGUUUGUUAGCAAGGCACCGUCAAAGACUUUGAUUAUACCUGCCAAAGAACUUGUGCAAGUUAUAGCAAAGGACGUGGCUGUUACAAGAGAUGGGUUGUCAAAUGAGCUGCAAUGCGGUAAACAGCAGGAACUUAUGAUCGAUACAUUCAUAUCCCAAUCUCGGCAUGUUGAGCUUGAGAGAGAGCUAGAGCCUUGGGUACCCGAUGAAAGUGAUCCAGAUUGUCCAGAGUUAGAAAAUAUAUUUGAUGGGCCCUGGAAUAGAGGCUGGGAUCAGUUUGAGGCAAAUGAAAUGCUCUUUGGAGUCAAGACCACUUUUAACGAGGAAUUAUAUACAACAAAACUUGAAAGAGGUCCCCAGAUGAGAGAGUUGGAAAAGGAAGCUAUGAGAAUUGCGAGAGAGAUUGAGGGUGAGGAAACACAUGAUCUUCAUUUAGCAGAGGAAAGGGGCUUCCAGCUUCAUGAGAAAUUUGACAUUGAUGAGGAGACCAGAUUCUCAGCAGUAGUCAGGGGUGGGGUAGAUGAUAGUGGGUAUGAAGAAGAAGAGGACAUAGUGUUGAAUUCACGAAAUAGUGAAACCUUUGGGGAUUCCUCUGUUUCUUUCAGUAAGAAAUCAACUGAUUUGACCAUCAGUAAAGGAAAUGAUGGAGCUCAAAUGUCAACAAGCUCUUUCCUAGCGGAUGAAGCACAGGCUUCCCAGUUGAGUGCUGUCGUGGAUUUAAGUCGAUCCAGCUCUCAUGAUCAUGCCAGACAGCUGGCAUCUGAACUUCCAUCCAGAAUUUCCUCUGCUUCUGACAAUGAAAGCAGGAUCCCGGAGACUCUGCUGAGUGAGCAUGGAGGAGAUGGUGAUGCUAAGGAGUCUGUAGAAAAACAAAAGCCUACUGAGGCAUCAAUGUCAAACACCGAUGAUUCUAUUUUGUCAUUGAAUGGGAAGAUAGAUGACUCUGAAAAAGGAGGACAAUCUGGUAAUGUCACAACUUGUGAUUCAUCCCGAGCUUCAUCAAAGGGCAAAGAAAUGCCUAUUUCUUCUAGUGAGUUGUUGGAGGGUCCAGUAGCUGGCAAAGCACCUGGAGAAACACAAACUGUCAGUUCUCGGGGUCGGCCUGGGAGUUCUGCUUCGUCUAGUUCAGAUUGUGUAGGUGCUGCCUCAGCUCCUAGUGCUCCUGGUUUAUCACCAAGUUCAUCAAUGGGCUCAUUAUCAUCUGAAAAAUCAACACUCAAUCCCAAUGCCAAGGAAUUCAAACUUAAUCCUAAUGCAAAGAGUUUCACACCAUCUCAUUCACCUGUUCGGCCUCCAUCCCCAGUGUCAGAUGGUUCCUUCUACUAUCCUGCUAACGUGUCAGCAAUACCACAUAUGCAUGGCAUGCCCGUUGGCUAUGGUAUAGGACCCUCUUUUACUGGACACCAACCUGUUAUAUUUAAUCCAGCAGUGGCACCUAUACAAUCACCACAAGCAUAUUUUCAUCCAAAUGUUCCUCAGUAUGGACAACAGAUGCUGCUUGGCCAGCCUAGGCAAUUUGUGUACAUGCCAAGCUACCAACCUGAAAUGCCAUAUAAAGGACGAGAUUAUUAACCAAUUAUUAUUGGCUAACAGCAUUCUUGGCAGCUCGACCCUGCUCACAAAGAAUAAGCUUCUGAAAGGCUGCUUGGACACAAUUUUCUGUGAAGAAAAAAGCCCACAGGAGGUGAAGGUUAUCUUUUUAUACUUCGACCCUAGCGGAUUCCACGAAGGAUUAUUGCCAGUCUGGGAUAUAAUUAUACACCAGCUUGAUGUUUAAUUUCAAUUUCUUAGCCUUAUUGCCUCAUACUUCCUUACUGCUUGUUUUAUUCUGAUGAAGUAGAUUGGAAUUCUUUUGAGGGUGAAAUGAUCUAUAAUUUUUUUUGUCUUUUAAAAAUAUUUGCUAGUCUUGAUUAUAUUUUCAUUUUUCCUAACAUUUUCCGUUUUGCUGAUGGUACACUUCCGACUUGCCUUCCUUUGUUGUCGGUAAUGGAGAUAAAACCAAAACAAUGUGAUUCGCUCUUUAAUUCAAUUCUCUUCGUUUUAGGUGUGUGGUACAAAAUUGUUGCAUGUUGUAAUACAAUGAGAUCUGAGUUACUUGGGAUGCCUUAUAAUA